AGAGAGGGGCAGGAGGGAGGGAGGUUCCACCAAGCUUGGAGAAUUCCCUCGUCGCUCCACUGCCAAGCCCGUACAUGAGCUUGUGUAAAACAAGAGCUCAAAUCCGUCGUCUUCUCUGCUUCUACUUGGUUCAGCUUUCUUUUACCGCGUCGUGGCCCUCUCGCAACAGCAGUGGCGUACACUAGAGAGAAAACAACCAUCUGCGUUCUUCGUGCAACCCUCGCCUCCCCUCCUCGCUGCUUCUCGCCCCUCAGGGGCUGUUCGUUCGCCAUCACGGCACGAAGCGUCAUGUCGCUCCGGCCUCUCAUCGUCGGCGCGCUUCUCGCUCUUCUCGUGUGCUGCGCGGCCGCGCAGCCGACGAAGGAAGAGCUGAUCAGCGAGCUUCGAAAGCUCCGCAAAGCGCUGACGCAGUUUAAGUACCUGGGAAGGUACACGCUUGUCGCCACCGCCAUAGACCAAGCCCUUCCGAAAUUGAACGACAUUCCCGACGGCGAGGAUCUCUCCUUGAUCGCCCAGAAGACCGUUCUCAUCCCGCAGAACGAGGCGCUCGGCCCGGCGGGGCUGGGCGGGCUCAUCCGGUCCGGCGGGAGCGGAGCCAAGGCGCUCGAGUUCGCGGACACGGGCCUGAUCAACGUGCUGGACGGCUACUUCACGUUCGACGAGAUCAAGCGCGGCACUACCUUCCCGACCAUGCUCGGCGCGCGUCGCUUGAGGAAGUACUUCGUGCCGCUGGUCAUGCGGAAGGGGUCCCCGUACGCGCUCGGGCAGAGCAAGAACGGCUUGUCGUGGUCGCAGAUCGUGAAUCCGGGGAUAUACCGCGGCAAGUACUUCGUCGCGCACGGCGUCGAUGCGCUCCAGCAGCCGUGAGCGAACGCUGGCGCACCGGUUUGACCCGCCGCGCGGCAAGGCUUGCGUUUUGAGACGCUCGAAACUCGGGCGCGAGUUGACACGCCACGCGGCACGCGAUGAAGCUACGAACGAACGAAACGUGCUUGAAAGAAUGGUCGGAAUGAACCACCAGUAGCUGACUGGCUGGUUAUGGUCUCUUCGUGGGUAAUAAAGCCACAGCACUUAUACUCUUUGGGGGAGCAAGUCCUCAAACAACACACUGUACUCGAUUGUAUGUUCAGUGCGAAGCGACAGAUUCUCACACUAGUCACAAAUUGUAGGACCAGAGGCUUACGAAAUCGUCUAGUAUGAAUUGUAUUGACAUGCUUUUUGUAACGGCCAAUGGUAGAAGUAUGCC